ACAUUUCGUUUCUUUUUAGAAUUAACAUCCAUUCAGAGUCGACUCUGGCCCAAACUUGAAGAGAAGAAUACCAAUCCCUACCAAUCCCUAAAAAGAAAAACCUAACAGUGAACCAGCAAAACUUCCAGCGAGAAAUCCGAUUACCCAACUACGAAUUCGGCCUCUUCGUCUUCUUCUUAUGGCUGUUGUAGCAUUGCCGUUUGCAGACUUGGAAGUUUGAUAUCCGUCCACUGUUGCUGGAAACUACACGAAACGCUUCCUCUUAAACCCCUUCUCCUAACACUGCCCCCUUAACAAGUAAGGGAAAAAAGCGCGUUAGCUACACACAGAUUCUCUAAACAAGACUUUGUAGAAUUCAACCAGUUUCGAGUCCAAAACCUUGCUCAGGCACUUCAUUUUCCCCUCUGGCCUCCGUUGAGUUACAUUAACCUCUGACCACUUCCGGAAACUGGUGAAAUUACGGAAAAAUGCCGUCUUUGCAGACAGCUUUGCCUCCCGAACUUGCAAACAACGCUAUUCGACUUUAUCGUGAAUGCCUGCGGCGUGCUAAAUAUAUUGGCCAGAAGCAAUACAAUACAGAACUUCUUGUUGAUAUGGUAAGACAGCAGUUCAAAAAGCAUAUGCAGGAGACUGAUCCAGAGAAAAUUCAGAAGUUCAAGGAUGAUGCGGCAAGGGGACUCAUCAAUCACAUGCUAUAUGAAUCUGAGGCAAUGUCCGGACGCAAAUUCAGCAAAAGCUCUGAAUUCUGAUCUCGGAUAUCACUCUACGAUGGGUAUCGUAGCAGUGAGUGCAUGUUCUGAUAGCAAUGCCAUAGCACAGCUGAAUAAUUGCAUUAGAGGUUUUGGUUUAUUUACUACGUUUAAUUUUUAAAGAUCAUUUUGAACACCUGCCUUUUGGAUUUGCCCUCGUGAGUUUUGAUUUGAAAAUGCCAGACACGAGGGAGGUACUUUUGAUUGAACAAUGCACCAAUCCCCUUGGAAGAUGAAUAAUAAUACAUAUGUUACAACAUAUUUAUCCUUA